AGCGCCACCCUGUCACUCAUUGUGCCCUUGAAAUCCAUGAUCGAGCAGAGCAUGACACUGGAUGAGAAGGACUCCACAACUAUAGCUAACAUGAAAGCAGCCAUCCUGCAAAACCUCUCAGGCAGAUACUCAGAAGUACACGAUUAUCUGCUAGAGAGCACUGCACUAGACCCCAGAUUUCGAUCGUUGCCCCAUCUGCUCCCUGAACAACGUGAAGAGGUUUUCCACAGGUUGAUGGACAAAUCAAACCAGUUACAGCAGGCUGGCACUGUGGAGCAAGCAGAUAAGAGGGAGGGAGGUGCCAGUGAUGGAGAUCCCACUGAUGCAGCAGAGAAGAGAGACACAGCACAGAGAGUUGAGCAAGAGCAGCCACCACCUAGCAAAAAGACAGCACUGGAAGAUCUCCUUGGUGCAACAUUUGCUAAACCAACAGUCUCUCAGUCUAGAUGUAGGAUAGAAGUAGAGAUUGAAAUGUACAAAAAAGACACUUCUAUUCCCCUCACUAGCUGUCCACUGAAAUGGUGGAAAGAAAAUGCUCAAGCGUACCCACUUCUUUCCUCUCUUUCCAAGGCUUACCUAACAGUUCCAGCAACUUCUGUUCCCAGUGAACGUGUUUUUUCUACAGCAGGGGAUAUUGUGAAUGCUCAAAGAUCCCAGCUUCUGCCAGAAAAUGUAGAUAUGUUGGUUUUUCUGCAAAAAAACCUGUAGGUAAA